ACAAGUCCAUGUGCUUCUCUGGGUGUAUCAGAAGGGUGGGCCACCGAGGAUACCUCCAGUUAAUCUGUUGUCAAUUUUCGACUCGUGACGAUCAAUACCGCAGCGCUCGAGGAGCGGAAACUGGUGUCUCAACGGAAAUUCAAUCAAGCUUCUCCAAUAUGACGGCCGAAUCCUUGAUCAAAGAGAAUGAUUUCGCGAUUCUUAAAACCGGGAAAGCUGCCCGGCUUGUGCAACUCAAUAAAGGAGCAGUUUACGUGGAAAAGCGAAAAUUCAACUGUCAAGACAUAAUCGGUCACCCUUGGGGACAGGUAUUCGCCAUCACUUGUGGAAAGAAAGGUGAAGCCACGCUGAGCGUCGUUCCACGACAGGACUACGUCGAUCACAUCUUCAAUGCUUCGGAGAAGGUGGGGAGCAGCACUUCCGGACAAGAUAACCGCGAUAUACUGGACGAGAAUCGAUCCCAGAAAUUGACGCGAGAAGAGAUCACGAAGCUCAAACAGGACGGAGCAAGCUCUGUCGACAUAGUGCGAUCGUUGGUUGAGAACUCCGACACAUUCUCGGACAAGACGAACUAUUCACAACAGAAAUAUCUCCAGAAGAAGCUCAAGAAAUAUGACAGCUUUUUCCAGGCGUGUCGACCCACAGUGCGGUUGCUGUCUGAGCUGUACUGGAGUCAAAAUCCGCUCAAGGUCGGGAUGCUCCGCCCGGAUAGCCUCGCGUCCGUCCUUGCGAGCGCUAAUAUCCUAGGAAAGGGGAAAUACAUUGUGAUGGACUCUUUUCUCGGGCUAUUGACCGCAGGAGUACUCCAACACUGCGCUGAAGGCCAGGUGAUUCAGGUUCUGGAUUAUAUGGGUUAUCAGAGUUCGACCCGCCAAGCUGUCCAAGCCAUCGGUUUAGAUUCGACGCGAUUGCUGAGUGUGGACUAUCACCUCGUCGAGAAACUAGCAUCGGGCUUGAAACUCAGAGAAGAUUGUCCAGAAGAUCCAAUGAACGACAGACGAGUAACGAAAUUCCAGAAAAACAUGGAAGCGCUGAGCUUGCUACAACAAAGAGAUUUCGCCGGUCUCAUCAUGAACUGCAGAGGCGAUAUUGUUGAGCCUUGUGUGCUCUUAUUGAAAUUCCUCAGGCUAUCCGGCACUUUCGUUGUGUUUUCACCUCACCUCGGAGUUAUAACGAAUCUUUAUGACACCUUGAAGUCGAAGGGGGGAUGUGUCAUGCUCAAAGUGAGCGAAAGCUGGAUCAGAGGAUACCAGGUAUUAGAGAAUCGCACGCAUCCUGUGAUUAAUAUGCAAGGGGCAAGCGGCUUCAUACUGACCGGCAUAAAAUGUGAAUAAACUCCCUCGUAUUCC